ACAAUCGCAAGUUGAACAAGUGCUUCUUCUUGAUUUCUCUUCGAGUUUCAGUCAACCGGAGAAAUCCAAGUCCGGCGGAUCAUGGCGAAGGUUCACCCCAACACUGAAGAAAAUUGCGUCGACAGCAUCGAGGUCGACGCUGGCGGCCGGAAAGAUAAGAGUAGGGUGUUGACGGUGUGGAGGAAGUCUCUACUCUUCGGUUGCAGGGGCUUCACGGUCUUCGACGAGGAGGGCAAUUUGGUCUUUCGAGUCGAUAACUACGGCUCCGGCCGUGCCGGCGAGAUCGUGCUCAUGGACGCCGCCGGGAAGCCUCUGCUCACCAUCCGGCGAAAGAAACUGAGUCUCGGUGAGAAUUGGAAGGUAUACAACGGCGAGGACGCCGUCGACCCCUUGUACUCCGUCAAGAAGAAGUACGCGAGCCGCCUCCGUGCCAAGGCCGCCCUCGCUCGCGUGGCGGACUGCAGGCGGCGAGGCGGCUGCGGCGCCGCUGCCGGGUACGAGGUGGAGGGGUCGUACUACCGGCGGAGCUGCACGGUCUAUGACGAGCGACGGCGAGCGGUGGCGGAGGUACGGCGGAAGGAAGCCGCCAGAGGGGUGGGAUUCGGCGACGACGUGUACUGCCUGGUGGUGCAACCGGCGGCUGACGCGUGCCUCGCGAUGGCCGUCGUCGUCGUCCUCGAUCAGAUGUUCCGGUCGAGAAUUUCUCUGAUUAAAGACUGAGGUCUCAAGUUUUUGCAAUGAUUUUUUUAUUACCAAAAAGAAACACUUUUUUUUUUCUUUCAUUCAUGGUUUUCUGUUUUUUUUUUUAUCACCCUAAUCCACCCACGAGGUUGAAGGUAUAAAAAAGGUUGUUUGGAGUGUAUAUUUGAUUCAUAAAUU